AUGCACGCCUACAUCCGCCCCAACAGCUUCAUAGUGCUGCGCCUGCCCUCGGGCCUGCUCAAGGUCCUGGAAAUCGUCCCCAACACCACCGUCUCCAUCGGCAAGUUCGGUACUUUUCCUGCCAACCAGCUGCUCGGCAGACCCUACAACCUCACCUUCGAGAUCCUCGACAAGGAAGAUGGCCUGGCCGACACGCGCCUGCGCGUGAUACCCGCCUCGGAGCUCCACGAGGAGGUUCUCAAGACCGAUGAUGCCUCGCCUGAGGAAGGCACCCUCGCUGUCGCCGAUGCGAACGGCGAAGCCGGCGUCGAGUUCGACAUUGUCGGCGAGAAUGGCGAAGUCCUCAUGCGCAGCAACCGCCUGACCAUCGACGACCCCACGAGGCAAGCACUGUCUAUGGAGGAGAUCGAGGAGCUGAAGAAGGCUGGUACAAGCUCAGGCAGGGAGAUUAUCGCGAAGAUCAUGGCGUCGCAUCAGGCAUUGGACGAGAAGACGGCUUUCUCUCUGGCCAAGUACACGCUUAGGAAGUCGAGAAAAUACCUCAAGCGCUUUACUGUGCUGCCAAUGGAUGUCUCCAUGUUGGCAGAGGUGCUCAAUGACCGUGAGGCGCAUCGCGUAAUGGAGGCCCGCGAGGAGAUGCUAGGCUUGGUAGGCAGCUGGGCGAAUGUGCGAUAUGGGGGAGAGAACAGGCUAGAACCCAGCGAUACCCAAGAGGGAGCGUUCGUCGGAGGCGGCAGGUGGCUGGUAGUCGACGAGACGGGUGGUUUGAUCGUGGCUGCUCUAGCAGAGAAAAUGGGAGUUCUAUAUCCCCCGGAGGAAGAAGACGACGAGAGCGAUGAAGAAGACAACGACCAGCCAGCCGACGAGGAGAUGCCAGAUGCACCCCAGGUACCGGCUGCGGAUCACGCAUCAGGGACGGCCCAGCCCUCCGAACGGACCAACGGCGACACCACCACUGCAACAGCAGCGCGGAAUAAACAUGCCAUUCCGGCCAUGUCGGCUCAAACCAACUCCUUGACCCUCUUACACUCGAACGCGCAACCCAACCUCGGUCUCCUCAAGUACUUUGGCUUCGACGCCAGCUCACCGAACCAGCCCCCCACGCAUCCCCUCUACACGCACCUCAAGUCUCUCUCAUGGCUGCAGCUCCUCUCACCCAGCGAAGACGCCGGCUACGCAGAGCCAGAGCGCCUGGACGAAGAGACGCUCAAGGGCAUGAAGAGCGGCAAGCGAGGAACGUACUACCGCAAGCGGCGGCGAUGGGAGCGCGUGCGGCGCGUCGUGGACGAGACGCGGGGCGGCGGCUUUGACGGGCUCGUCGUAGCAUCAGCAAUGGAGCCGGCCACGAUCCUCAAGCACGCGGUGCCGCUGCUGCGCGGCGGCGCGCAGGUCGUCGUAUAUAGCCCGACGGUGGAGCCGCUGACGGAGCUGAUGGACCUGUACGGCCGCGACCGCAAGACGGCCUUCAUCAACGCGUCGCAGGAGCGCGGCAGCGAGGCGACCGACGAGGCCGCCCAGCGCGAGUUCGACGACGACUUCCCUGUUAACCCGACGCUGUUGCUUGCGCCGAUGCUGCAGACGGCGCGCGUGCGCAGCUGGCAGGUUCUGCCUGGGCGCACGCACCCGAUGAUGACGAGCAAGGGCGGCGCGGAGGGAUUCCUUUUCACUGCGACGCGCGUCCUCCCCGCCGAAGGUAAGAUCGAGGCGCGCGGCAAGUUCUCGAAGAAGCGGAAGCCGCAGGAG